AUGGACACAAACACAAUUUAAAGUGUCUACCUUCCUGAUCCUGAAGAAAGUAUCUAAUAUGAAUGAAUCAUUAGAAAUUGUCUAUAAGAAUGUCCGUAAGCCAAAUUUACCUGCUACAGCUGAUAUAGCAUACUGUGAAAUCAGAAUUGCUGAACUCAUGGCUGAAGUUGAAGCUUAAAAGGAGCAUUCAUUCAAAAUCCAGUAAUAAUUGGAUCUCUAUGUUACAUACGAAUAAUCAGUAUAUAUCCAUUUUUAAUAUAAGCUUAUAUAAUAUGAAUCUAAAAACGCAAUUUUGACAGAAGAAAACAAACAAUAAAGUUAAUUACUUUAAGUAAAAUCGCGGGACUUAGAACAAGCGUAAUUAAAAAUAUUGGAAUUGGAAUAAUAGAUAGAUUAAUUAAGAGAAGUUGACUUAGAAUUAUCAAGACAUAUAUAGUUAUUGUUAUUAAAAGAUAGAGAAAUAUAAGAUGUAAAAUUAGAUUUGUAUUAAUAUAGUUAAAUAAUAAAUACAAUACUUUAGAAUAGUUCUUAUAAUAAAAUAAGAAUUGGGAGUUAAUUAACUAAGACUUAAGGAAUUAAAUAAUCAAUUGGAAACAUGAUGUUGAACUUUGGAAGGAUAGAUUCACAAAAUCAGAAAAUGAGAGAAAACGACUUUUAGAAUUAAGAGAGGAAGGAUUGAAGAAAUAUGAUUUAAUAGAGAAUGUAGAUACUGAGCCACAUUCUCCUUAAGUAGAAUUAAAUGAAUAGUAGACAGAAAAGAGGAAAGUUGAGAGGAAUUCAGAAAAUAAUACUUAAUUACUAUAAUAAACACAAGUUAAUUUAUUUGAGAAGGAACAUUAAAAUAGUUUAUUGAAUAAUGAAUUGAAUAGUUUGAGAUAAUAGUAAUUAGAAUUUUAGAAACAAAUAAGUGAUUUAACGAAUUAAUUAAAUAAAUUGGAUGAGAAGGAUAAAGAAAUAGUGAGAUUGAAUGGUUUAUUAUAAGAGAAGCCAAAGAUUUAGAUAGUGAAAGAAGAAAAGAUAGUGACAGUAGAGAAUACUACAUUGGAUGAAGAGAAGAUAAGACUUUAAGGAUUAUUGGAUGAGACUAAUAUUCGUUUAGAAAAUUCAUUUAAUGAUAUAGAGUAAUUAAAUACUAAAAUCCAGACUUUGGAGGAUGUUAUUUAAAAAGUAUUAUGUAAUUGCAAUAUAAUAGUUAUAAAGAGAUAAUAGAUAAAUCUAAAGAUUGUAAGAAUAAAUAGAUUUCUUACUUAUUGAUAAAUAGAACUUGUAGACAUCUAAUGUAUAAAAGGAAAAAGUUUUAAAUGAAACUUUGAAUCUUUUAAGAUAAAAGACAAUUGAAGUCUAGGAAUUGUAGGCAGUUUAGUAAUAAUUAGCUAUUGCAAAUGAGAAAAUCGAUUCAUUAUUAAAAGAUUUAGAAUAAUAUAGAAAAUAAUUAGGAGAAUUGGAGUAAUUAUAAUAAUAAGUUAAAAAAUAAGAACAUAUUUGUUAAGAAAAAGAGAAAGUAGUAAAAGAAUAAAUGUUACAGAUAUAAUAAUUAAAAUAAAAUAGAAAUGAAUUAUAGAAUGAAUUAAACGAUAGUAAGAUUAGAAUUAAUUUAUUAUUAAAAUAUGAGUCAAGAGUGAAAUCAUAAUUAGGAACUAUAUAAUCAUUGAGAUAAGAACUUUAAGAGACUCUAGCUGGAUCUGAAUAAUGGAGAGAAAAAUAUAAUUAAAAUUGUUCAGAGAUUAGUAGAUUAUAAAGAUUAUUGGAUGUUUCAUAAUAAAGAAUUAUUAAAUUAUAAGAGGAGUUGAAGAAUUUUAAUAAUAAUUUUGAAUUAGGAUAGAUUAAGAUUGAAGCAGUACCAACAAUAAAGAGAAUUGAAAAAGUUAAUAUAUAAGACAAUAGUUAGAUAGAAAAAUUAUAAAAUUAAUUGAUAUCUUAAGAAUUAAAAAAUGAGUCUUUAACAAGAAAUAGAUAGUUUGAAAUAUAAACUACUUAAAGAGAAAUAGAUGCAUUAAAUUAACUAUUAUAAUAGAAAAGAUAAGAAUCUGAGUUAUGGAAAAAUAAAUAUUUGACAUCAGAAUAAUAAAAUACAAAAUUAUAAAACAUUAAUGAUAAAUAUAAAUAAUUAGUCUUAAGAUUUGAAGGAUAGAAAGUGACUAUUUAAUAGUUAGAAUCAAAAUGUUUAGAAUAAGGAUAGGAAAUAGAAGAAUAAAGAUCAAAGAUUUUCACUUUAACAAUUGAACUUAAUUAAGUUGAAAGUUACAAGAUUGAAAAAGAAUAGCAAAAAGAAAGAGCUCUUUAACUUUAUUAAGAAUUGAUAAUUUCAUAAUCAAGAGUGGCUAGAUUGAUUGGAACAAUUAAUGAAUUAUAAAGAUAAUAAAAUGUUAAAUCAUAAAAUCCAUAAACAUAGGUUGUAUAACAGAAAUCAGAUACUGUUGAAAAGAUGAGAUAAAGGAUUGUAGAGCUUGAAAUGGAAAUAGAUGAUACUAAGGAUGAUUAAAUUAGUGAAUUAGAAUAAAGAAUUAAAAUUUUGGAAGUUGAAUUAAAGAAAUAAUUGGAUAUUAAUGGCUAAUUAAUUAAGGAUCUUUAAAAUGUAGAUAGAAAGAAAUAGGAUAUUUUAAGUGAGUUAUAAACACUUUAGACAAGUGAAUCAGAUGCAAAUCAAUUAAGAAUAGCAUUUAAUAAAAAGGUUAAGGAGUGUGAAUAAUUAAAGACAGAUCUGGAUAAAACUUAAAUGAUAAUCUAAUCUUAUGAAUAAUAAAUUAAUUAAUCAAGAGAAUAAGAUCUUAAUUAAAAGAAUGAAUUAUAAAGAUUGAAAAUAUUUAAUAAUAAUCUUAAUAAGUAAAUUGCAUCUUUGUUGUUGCAUUUAAAUUCUUUAGAGUUAACUAUUAAUACUUAAAGACAUAAAUUAGAUGCCUAUCCUGAAUUGGAAGAAAGGAUUAAUGAUUAAAUUAUAAAGAUAAAUAGUUUAGAAAAAGAAAAUAAUGAAUUAAAGUUAUAAAAUGAUAUUCUUAAUGCUUAAAUAAGUUAAUUAGAAUAACAUAUAAUAAGACUAUAGCCAUUAGAAUAAUAAGUGAAUCUUUUAAAAGAAAUGAUAAAUAAUGAUAAUAGGGAAAUCAGUUUAUGGUAAACCAAAUUUUAAGAUUUGGAAAAUGAACGUGUGUAAUAGAAUGAGGAUUAUAGAAAAAAGAUCGAUUAAUAUUAAAUAGAAUUAAAAGAAUAAUAAAAUCUAGAGAUGAUUAUUAAACAAUAAUAAAAUGAUAUUGAUGAUCUAUCUUAAAAUAAUUAAAAAUUAUUGACAAAUAUAAAAGAUUUACAAAUUUAAUAAGAUAAAUUAUAGAGAGAUUUAGAUAAUAAAGAUAUUGAAAUAAAGAGAUUGCAAUAGAUUGAAUAGGAAUUUAGAAAAUUAUAAGAUUUAUUUAAUCAAGAAAUUCAAAAGUACUAAGAUUUAAAUGAUAAGUAUUCAUAGUUGUAAAAUUAAUAUGAAUAAACAAAAAGAGAACAGGAAAAAUUAGAAAAUAAAUGUGCAAUGAUGUCAAGUGAAAUUGAAAGAUUGAAAGUAAUGUUGAAGAAUAAGAAUUAAGAAUUAGAUUUGAAUAAAUAGUAACUUCAUUAAAAUGAAUAAUAAUUAGAUUAAUUAUAACCAUUGACAGUUGAGAAUAAAAGACUGUUUGAAUAAAUUUAAUAAUAGAUUCAAUAAAUUGAAGAGUUGAAAUAAUAAUUGAUAAAAUUAUAAAGAUAAUUGGAUGAUAAAAAGAAAUAAUUAGAGCAGGAAUAAAUUAAUUAAGAAUAAUAAUUAGAAGAAAUAAAUAGAUUAUAGAAUGCAUUAAGAAAUAAAGAGGAUGAUAUUCAUUAAUUUAGAUAAGUUACAAAGCAAUAUGAGAUUUAAUUGAAAGAUAAUAGGAAAGAGGAAGAUUAAUGGAAUGAUUUACAAAAUGAAAUAAAUAAAUUAACUUAAUAAUUGAAUUAUUUGAAUGAAAUAAUAGGUUAGAAAAAUAUAGAAUUGGAGAAUUUACAGAAAUAGAAUACAUAAUAGUAAUUACAAUUAUUAGAGAAUGAAAAAUUAGAUUACAAAAUUUUAGAGAAAACUGUUGAAGCAAGAGAAAAAGAAGUUGAAGAUUGGAGAAGAAGAUUCUAAAAAUUAACUUAAGAUUAAGAAAAGUUGUAUAAUGAAAAAUUAGAAUCAAAUAAUAAAUUAGCAAGUCAAGAAUUAGAAAUUGAAAGAUGGAAAAGGAAGGUUACAUCAAAUGAAAGUGAAUUGAAUUUACUUAGGAAUAUUAUUGAAUAAUUGAAUGUUGAAAUAGAACGUUUAAGUAAAUGUAGUGAAGAUUUAUUGCAAGUAAAAUAUUAUAUCAAAUAUAGGAUAAUGAAGCUUGGAGAGAAAAGUACUCUAAGAUUUAACAAUAAAUUCCAUCUAUGUUAGAGUUGAUUCCACCCAUAACUCCUGGAAACAGUUUCAGAAAAUCCGACAAGCCAUAAUAAUAAUGACUAUGAUGAGUUAUUUUAAUAAAUAUGUAUAAGGAACGC